AUGGCAAGGGACAUAAUGCCACAGGCCUCGCUAUCGAGCGAAAUCAACAUCGCCACCAGGAGUCUACAUACCGAACUCAACAAGCUCAUCACAGCACGUCUACCUUUAGCGCUUCCGCCCUUCGCAAGCGAUCCCACACUCUACACGGCCGGCCUGCUCCACUUUGCCCACAUCUUCCUGACUUUCGAGUCGCUAUGGAACGACCUAGUCCCCACAGAUGUGCCAGGCACCGCAUCGCCACCGACGUCGCCGCUACUAUCGUUUCUCCUCGUCAAUCCAUACUCUGAGCCAGAGCUCUUCACCUCCCCGCCCUCGCCACAGACCCUCGAAUUCCUACAGAAUCUUCGGCCCAAGGGCAUGGCUCGGUCCAGCAGAGUCAAGAAGGACCUACAAUACCUGACUGGGUUGCACCCUACAGACUUCGACGUCAUGCUGGCGCAAUACCCAGGCGAGAAGGUGGCCGCGUUCUGCGCGCACACACGGAGGAGCGUCGGACACAAGCCGCAUGUCCUGGUGGCAUACGCGUGGUGUUUCUACAUGGCCGUGUUCUCCGGCGGACGUUGGAUCCGCGGGGAGCUCGUCAAGGCCGGGCCCGAUUUCUGGACAUCUGGGGCAGAGACGGGGUCUUCAGAAGCAGCCGCCCCACUCACGGAGAAAGGUCUCUCACUCUGGUCUUUUCCUGGUAGGCGCGACGGAGAAGACAUUAAGGAAGCGUUUAAGGAGCGCCUUCUGGCUGCGGAGACGCUGUUCUCGGACGACGAGCGCGUGGAUGUCAUCGAGGAGGCGAAAACCAUUUUCAAGCUCUGCGCGGCGCUGGUCCACGAGCUCGACGAGAAACUAGGCACCGACUUUGAGCAGAUGAAGCGCGUGAAGGUCGCACCGCCACAUGGGCAUCAGCCGCAGAGGAAGAAUGACAAGAGCGAGGUGGUCACGGGCAAGGGGUCUCAGGCGGCGCGCACGUGGCUUCAGCGGCCGGAGGUCACGGGUGCGGCUGUUGCGCUAGGAUGUCUGGCGUGUGCGGUCGUGCUGCGGUUGUCUCUUUGA